UAAACAAAGCAUAUACAUGCGGCAGCUUGGUUCGGCGGUAUGGAGGAGUCCAUGGAUGAGUUCUUCUUUAUAUACGUGGAAGGGUUGUAUCUUAAUUGAUUUUGGUUUCUGCUAUACUUUUAUCUCUCGCAAUUCGCAAUUCACUGAUGAUGAUGCAAUUGAGCUCACUCUUGUUAACCACCAUAUAAUGGCAUCACUGAAAAAAUAUCCAUGAACGCAAGGGGGCCCGAAGCUGACGCCCUGGUUUUCUUUCCAAGCUGGCACCUCUUGCAUCCUUCGCGUGCGAUCGACGUUGGAGGGGGAGUAGAGGAAAGGAAAAGGGUCGAGGAGAAAGUUGGUUUCCCGAAAAAUCGGAAUCAGUCUUGUGUUUUUCAAAUCGAUGGGGAGAAAGGAGUGGCUGGAGUCAGAUUCCACCAGCCCCACCACCCCACUUUCCCCUCUCAGAUCCAUUCCAUUACCCUUCGCAACACCGAGACAAAGGAAACGGAACGGCCGGCCUCUUUUCGCCUCCAAAUUUUGGAUCCAUCCAUGGGCGCCUCUGUUGGAUUUUUUGGGAGGCAGAGAUCCGUGCACGAGAUCCUCGGGGGAGGAAUUGUUGCAGAUGUGAUGCUGUGGAGGAGGAGAGACAUAACGGUCGGGAUACUGCUUGGAACGCUGGCUGCUUGGGUGGUCUUUGAGAGAUCUGGAUAUACCCUGCUGUCGUUUGCUUCCAAUGUUCUGCUGCUCUUGAUUUCCGUUCUCUUUGUAUGGGCGAAAGCAGCAGCAAUUCUUAACAGGCCCCCUCCACCAAUACCAGAGAUGCAUCUAUCAGAAGAAGCCAUAAAUGAAGCGGCAAUUUUUGUGCAUUCUCUUGCAGAUAUGGCAUUGUCAGCUUUUCAUAGCAUUGCACUUGGAAAGGACUUGAAUCUUUUCUACAGAGUAGCCAUAUGCUUAUUGUUGAUAUCCGUUAUUGGCAGUUUGACUGAUUUUCUUACUUUGGGUUACACAAGCCUUGUCAUCAUCCUAACCAUCCCUGCACUGUAUGAGAAGUAUGAAGAUUGCAUUGACAGAUACGCGCAAUGGGCUUAUGCAGAGUUGCUGAUGUAUGAGAGAGUAUAUGCCAAAUAUUUUAGCAAGGCUAAAAAUUGGAUCCUGGAGAAAAAGAAACUACUCUGAUGGUGUUUUUUGUAAGUGUGAUUGAUGGGGAAUUCUGUCUCCUGUUUUCCUGUUGGCAUAUGUCACUUUCAGAGGUUGAGUGCUGUAUGUGGCAGUAUGAGCGAUGUGUUCAGUUGGGAGGAUUUUGGAGAAAUUAUUUUCUCGGGUUGGAGAGAGUUUAAUUCAUCAACUUAAAUGUCUUGAGUGGUGGGAAAUGACAAGGACUUUAAGAUAUGGAUUUCAUGAACUUUUGUACCUCGAACAACCAGAAACUCCAAGUUUGUACUGAUGGAUUUGCGUCUAUUGAAGUGUAAAGUGGUUGCAGAUUUUUAUUCA